GAGUUCUCAGUUGCCCAUUAGCGGUCGUAGCGUUCGCAUACACUGAAAAUUACACAAAUUGCUUUGUCCACUUAUUUGAUAACGUAAUAAGUCAGUACAAGUGUUCUUGGCAACUGAAAGGGUGAUAAUAAUAGUUUGCUCGUUUGAGUGUCUUAGGUCUUGCCGGCGCAAUAUGUAAGCCAAAAGUUCGUGCACUUUGCAGUCAUUUGUUCAAUUAAUUAAUGCAAUUUGCGUCAAUUUAAUAACUGAUGCAACAUUAACAUAGUUCCGAAACCGAUACUUGCCAGUUAGUAAAUCGUUGCAUUUUAAUCGCUCCAAUGACAUUGUGAUAAGUUUUUCAUCGAAUUGCAGGUUAAAUAAUGGCAUCGAAAAGUGGAAAUGGUACAGUCCCAGCCUCCAUGGUGGGAGAUGAGCAUGUUGCAGUCCAAAAGCUCCAGCCAGAUGCUAAGAUCUAUGAGCGCCUAAUGUCACUGGGUGGCUUCUACAGAGAGCAAUACGGCGUUGAACCAGAGUUCUAUGUGCGUGUGCCAGGACGCGUCAAUAUAAUAGGUGAACAUGUCGACUACUGCGGCUACUCGGUGCUGCCCAUGGCCGUAGAGCAGAGUAUUAUCCUAGCCGUUGGCACCAACAAGCAAGUGGCACAGCUGGAGCUACAUCAUCUGGACGAGGGCAAAUUUCAAAGUUUUGAUUGCGAUCUAAAUGACCUUGAGAUCAAGCUGCCUAAGACUGGGGGUCCGGCCUGGUACAGCUACUUUCUAUGUGGCAUCAAGGGCAUACAGGAGGAGCUGGAGGCGAAGUGGCGCCCAGUUGGUAUGCGCAUUGCUCUUAGUGGCAAUGUGCCUUUGGCCGCUGGUCUGUCCAGCUCUAGUGCUUUGGUCAGCGCCGCUGUAUUGGCAACAGGACAUGCGCAGGGCAUGCACUUGGAUCGCAAGCAACUAGCCUCGAUUUCGGCUAGCUGUGAGCAGUAUAUUGGCACACACAGCGGUGGCAUGGAUCAAGCCAUUGCCUAUCUUGCGAAGCAGGGCUGCGCCCAACACAUUGAGUUCCACCCGAAACUGAAGGGUACGCCGGUUACGUUGCCCACAGGAAGUUGCUUUGUGGUGGCCAAUAGUCUUGUGCAGAAGCGGAAAGCAGCCUCUUCCGAUUACAACGAACGCGUCGUCGAGUGUCGUUUGGCCACGCGUUGGCUGGCAAAGUCACAAAAAUUGCCCAACUGGAAGGAAUUUAUCAGAUUUAUAGAUCUCGAGGAGGCUUGUCAUUUGGACAAUGCUGCUUAUGUGAAGCUAAUUGAGCAGCAGUUGAAAAAAACACUUUACACACGCGAAGACAUUUGCGAGACCCUGGGCAUCACGGAACAACAGCUGGAAACCGAUUUUCUAACGCCCAGUACGCAGCAUAUGCAGCAGUUCAAGCUGCGCCAGCGCGCCUUGCAUGUUAUUCAGGAGUCUGGCCGAGUGGUGCAGUUUCGUCAGAUUUGUGAGCAGCUGCAACGUCGCUCUAGUAAGCAGGACAUUGAGCAGCUGGGCAAGCUCAUGCAGCAGUCGCAUCACAGCCUGCGCGAGCUCUACGAGUGCUCGCAUCCGGAUUUAGAACGCCUCGUUGCCUUAUCUGUGAAACAAGGCGUCAGCGCGCGUGUUACGGGUGCCGGCUGGGGCGGUUGCAUUGUGGCCAUGUGCGAUUCAGUAAAAGCUGCUUCGGAUUACGUCAACGUACUCAAGAAGGAGUACUACGCUCAAUUGCCCGCUCAUCUAUUGGAGCGCUAUCAGCCCAACGACUUCAAUGAGGUCGUCUUUGCCACGUUUCCCAGCAAUGGCGCCGAGCUCUUUGUACAAUAAUAACAGUUGCGUUUUCACACCUGUAUAUAAUAGUAGCUAACUCUUAGCAGUUCCACGCCAUAUAAUAUUCCUAUUGAACUAUUGCACCUUUGUAAUGCCCUAGUUCCAAACCUACUGAUGUCAAAAUAAUUAUAAUACAUAAAUGCAUGUAAAACUGCUUAAAUUUAAA